AUAAAAAAAGAGGUAAAGGAAAUAGUUUUUAUAGAGCUAUGACGAAUAGUGGUAUAGCUCCUACGACUGUGGCAGAAGAGGUCAAACCAACUCGUAUACCAAUUGCUCCUUCUAUGAAAAUUGAAGAUUUGAUGAAGAAAAUUGCACAGCUAAACCUUGAUCAAGAUAUACUUGAACAUAUCACACCUAACAUCACAUGGAAAGGGAACCCCCUGUUUAUAGGAAAUUUAAUUCAUCGCAAUCUAUUACAUCCAAAAGAAGCUCUCGUGGUUUCAACUUUACGUCUCACACCUCUUCAAUAUUUAACAUCCAAAUUCAUUUUAAUUUCAUCUGCAAGAGGUUACUCGCAACGAUCAUUCCCGUUUCGUAAGAGUGACGCACAAAGACAUCUGCCAAUAGAUGUCAAUAAAUCUAGCAAAUUAUGGGAGUGGUUUACACAAACCGGGUGGUUAAAAAUAUAAAGUUUAAUAUUUAAG